AUGCUGGCCUCAAAACAGGAUUGCCAGAAACCAAACAGUCCAUAUGACUGGCGCUCCUAUGAUAACAGUGCAACAUAUCUAGGCCAGGUGUGCUUUGUACUUCUGACGGCCAUCCCACCCCGCCCGUUGCGACCUAAGCCGUAA